AGCUCACACCGAUUCACACAAGUACAUCUGCACACGCACAACCUCACCCUCCGAGUCCAGCUGUAAUCAUUAACUCGGACGCUUUUGGAGGGAGAAAGAGAGGCGCUGGUGUCUUUGAUCAAACCAAAUCUACAGCGAAACUGUAGACAGAUGACCAGGCAGAAGAUCCAGUAGACUGGUGCUUAUGGAGUCUUUGUGAGCUGGAGUGGCUGAGUGGGAGCUUUUGGACUGGACAGAGUUCCUGGAAAGAUAAGGCUGGCUAUCUCGACUAAAGUCAACAGGGUGGAUUGGAGCAGAGAGGCUGAGAGCAAGAAGGCAUGGGUGAGCAGGAGGGAGAGAAAGACUGGCGGAAACUGGAGUCACACUUUGAGGUGAAGGUUAUCCUCACAGUGCUCUACAGCCUCAUCCUGAUCCUGGGCAUCGUGGGAAACAGCAUCACCAUCCAUGUGACACAGGUGCUGCAGAGAAAUGGGUACUUGCAAAAGAACGUGACAGAUCACAUGGUGAGCCUGGCCUGCUCUGACCUGUUGGUGCUGUUGAUUGGUAUGCCUGUGGAGCUCUAUAGUGCAAUCUGGUUCCCCUUCAGUUCUGCUUCAGGGAAUAUUUCCUGCAAGAUCUAUAACUUCCUAUUCGAGGCAUGCAGUUAUGCCACCAUCCUGAACGUGGUCACGCUGAGCUUUGAGCGCUACAUGGCCAUCUGCCACCCAUUUCGCUACAAAUCUCUGGCAAGGGCCAGGACUGUACACCUAAUUAUCGCUGCAUGGCUCACUUCCGUCCUCGUGGCUGUGCCCCUGCUGGUUGCCACGGGAACAGAGGGUCACGUGCUGGAGGCUGGAGGAGCCCCAGCUCAGAACCUAACCUUCUGCACCAGCCUGAGGCAGCACUGGGGUAUGUACCGUGCCAGCAUCUUCACUGCCUUCAUAGUCUACCUGUUGGUGCUGGGUGCGGUGGCCUUCAUGUGCAAGAGUAUGAUCGUCGUGCUCAAGGCCCCCAUGACCACUGUGGCUACUUCAGGCCCCAGAGCUGAACUCAGAGUGCCCAAACACGAGAGUGCCAGGCUCAAAACGUCCCGCAAGCAGACCAUCAUAUUCCUAGUGCUGAUUGUGUGUGCACUCUUGGUGUGCUGGAUGCCAAACCAGGUCCGGCGUCUAAUGACAGCAGCGUUACCCAAGUCAGCGUGGACUAAGAGUUAUUUGGAGGCCUAUGCAGUGCUGCAGCUAGUGGCAGACAUCUUCUUCUACCUGAGCUCUGUGCUGAACCCGCUGCUGUACAACCUGUCCUCACACCAAUUCCGCACGGCCUUCCUGCAGACGCUGCGCUGCCGCCUGUCCAUUCAGCACGUCAACAAGAGGACACUGGAAAGCAGUAAAGUCUCAAACGCUUCCACUCACUUACUGCGACCCCUGCUGCGCAAAUCCCUGCGCCGUAACACACCAGACAGCAGCAGGGACACUGACUCCCCAAUACCAAGCGGGCAGAGCAGUCCUGCAGUCCAAAGCCUAACCAUAACUACAUCAGAAACAGAAACGUGAAGGACAUGGUCAGUGGUCAUAGCUCAAACUCGAACACAACAAACGAAACAAAUUAUAUGAGCUUUAUUGAAUUAUAGCACCCAUUUUCUAUACAGUCAAAUAGAGCAGAGUCAGCCCAUUAGCCCUUUGUUUCCUCGAAAAAAUUAGUUCAGUCAAACAACAUUCUGGAGGGUUAAUCUCUCACCCGACUUGUCCCAGUAAUGCAGUACCAUUAAACAUGUAAGCUUUCCCCUUCCACACAGAAGAUUCUAACUAACCAUCAUGCAUUACUGAACCCACCCCCUUCACCUGCUGAGAAAGAAGUACCUUCAGACCAUUCUUAUAAAUUAUAAAUAGCUGCUAAAACAUACAGUACUAAAUAAAUUCAACUUUUUUUGUGUUUAUAUGCACUGGCUAUUUUAUCAGGAACACCUACCAUAUAGAUGCGCAUAGUUAUUCACUUGUAUACCAAUGCCCACUACCCUGUCAGUGUCACAGCUGUGCUGAGAAUGGUCCACUAUGUCUGGUUAACAGUGGUCCUAUGGUGGCCCUUUGCACUGAUAGAUGGGUAGAGGAUGGCCAGCUUUCACAUCAAUGCUCUACCAUCUAGUGUAAAGCCUUCCCAAAAGAGUUGAGGCUGUUACUGCAGCAAAGUGGGACAAACUCUAUAUUAAUAACCUUGAUUUCAGAAGAAAUAUUGGAUGAGCAGGUGUCUACAAACUUUUGGAGUGUUCAUAACAAAGUGGCAUCUCGCUGUAUAUUGUACAUUCAGCAUGUCAAUAAGAGGACACUGGAAAGCAGUAUAGUCUCAAACGCCUCCACCUACUGCGACCCCUGCUGCACAAAUCCCUGCGGUGUAACAUACCGGACAACAGCAGGGACACUGACUCUCUCAACAAAGUGGCACCUCACUGUACAUUGUACAUUCAGCUAUUUGGUAGCCUUUUGCUAAGGUUGCCAAAGUGUGGUUGCAGCAUCCAUUUUAAGAUUCCAGUUGCAUUUACAGUAUGAAUUCUAAUGGGAAGGAAUUAUUUCUUCCUUGCACCAUGUUUGAAUCUUUCUGUUUUCUUUUUUUCAUUUUUUUUUCACCUUUUAACUUUUUAAUUGUUUCCUCUUCCAAUUAAAGCACUAGUAAAUCA